UUAACGAUAUGAUGUUGUGAUGUCAAGUUGUUGAGGUUUUUCGGGGUUAAUGAUUGGUUGAAACUUGCAUAUAAGCGUGUCAUUGAUCCAAAUUUCUCAUUAGUUUCUUUCAGACCAGCUUCAAAGUACUAUUACUCUAGCUAGCGAUGGUGUCAAAAUGUGUCAGUUUAAUCAUAGUCAUACUUUGUUCUGUUUUAGCUACUGCACAAUAUGCAGAAUCAAGCUUGGAAGUUGAAGUAGAGGCCCUUCGGGCAUUCAAAAGUUCUGUCACUCAUGACCCUUUAGGAGCACUUGCAGAUUGGACAAAGGCAAAUCAUCACUGCAACUGGUCUGGUAUUACCUGUGACCCUUCCACGAGUCAAGUCAUUUCAAUCUCCUUGGUUGAUAACCAGCUCAAGGGGGAGAUAUCACCAUUUAUCGGAAACCUUUCAAGCCUCCAGGUUCUUGAUUUAACUUUAAAUUCAUUCUCAGGUCAUAUUCCACCUCAACUAGGACUAUGCUCCCAGCUGACUGAACUAACUCUUUACUACAAUUCUCUGUCGGGUCCAAUUCCAGCAGAAAUAGGAAACCUUAGAAAUCUGCAGUCAAUGGACUUAGGUGAUAACUCUUUGAAUGGAAGCAUCCCUGAUAGCAUUUGCAAUUGCACUUCCUUGUUAGCUCUUGGCAUUAUUUUUAACAAUCUCACCGGGACAAUCCCAAAAGACAUAGGAAAAUUAGUUACUCUUCAAAUUUUGGUAGCAUACGGCAACAAUUUGGAAGGUUCAAUACCUGUUUCCAUUGGCAUGUUGGGAGCUUUGCAAGCUUUAGACCUAAGUGUAAACCAACUUUCUGGAGUAAUACCUCCUGAAAUAGGGAAUUUGUCAAGUUUAGAAUAUAUUCAGCUGUACAAGAACUCACUUGUGGGAGAAAUUCCAUCUCAACUAGGUCGUUGUAGAAUGCUUGUGGCCCUUGAACUCUACAGCAACAAGUUCACGGGAGCCAUUCCAUAUGAGCUUGGAAAUUUGGUUCAUUUGCAAACUCUACGAUUGUAUAAAAAUAGGUUGAAUUCCACAAUUCCUCUUUCCUUAUUCCAAUUAAAAUCAUUAACCCAUUUAGGACUCUCGGAAAAUGAGUUGAUUGGAACGGUACCAAAUGAGCUUGGAUCUUUGAGCUCAUUACAAGUACUGACCCUUCAUUCCAAUAAGCUCAAGGGGGUGAUUCCUUCAUCAAUAACCAACUUGACAAAUUUGACAUAUCUGUCUAUGAGCUACAAUUCUCUCACAGGAGAACUUCCACCCAAUAUUGGAUUGCUUUACAAUCUAAAGAACUUGAGCUUGGAUGUCAAUCUUCUCGAGGGAUCCAUUCCUUCUAGUAUUGUCAAUUGUACUCGUCUUCUGUAUAUUUCUUUGGGUUUUAAUAGGAUAACUGGGAAAAUACCAUCAGGUUUAGGGCAGUUACGGAAUUUAACAAUUCUAUCUAUUGGGCCAAAUAGGAUGUCAGGUGAAAUCCCAGAUGACCUCUUCAACUGCUCAAAUCUUCAUACUCUAAGUAUAGCAGAAAACAGUCUUAGUGGAUUGUUAAAACCAAAUAUUGGCAGACUCUACAAUCUCCAGGUUCUGAAAGCUUCCUUCAAUUCAUUUGUAGGGUCAAUUCCACCAGAGAUUGGAAAUUUAAGCCAACUCAUGACCUUAACCCUUGCUGGAAAUGGUUUCACAGGCACAAUUCCACCAGAAUUAUCAAAUCUCUCUCUCCUUCAAGGGCUCUCAUUGAGUGAAAAUGCUCUGGAUGGUGCGUUACCCGAGAACAUAUAUGGAUUGAAGCAGCUAACUUAUCUAGACUUGCAGCACAACAAGAUAACAGGUUCCAUUCCAGAUGCUGCCUCAAAGCUUGAGUUUCUUACAUACCUCAGGCUCAACAACAACAAGCUCAAUGGGUCCAUUCCAAAUAGCAUGGAACGUUUAUAUCGACUUUCAACAUUGGAUCUCUCUCACAAUCAUUUCACAGGAUCGAUUCCCAAGUCCAUGCUUGCAGGGAUAAAAAUGAUGCAGCUGUAUCUGAACUUCUCCUACAAUUUCUUAGAAGGAAGUAUUCCAGAUGAGCUGGGUACGCUGGAAAUGGUACAAGCCAUUGACAUCUCAAACAAUAAUUUUUCAGGAGUCAUUCCUACGACACUUGGAGGCUGCAGAAAUUUGUUUUCUCUUGAUCUUUCAGGAAAUAAAUUUUCUGGUCCCAUUUCAGCUGAGGUUUUUACUCAAAUGGAUAUGCUUACAAGCUUGAGCCUUUCAAGAAAUAAAUUAGAUGGCGAAAUCCCGGAAAACUUGGCAAAAUUGAAGCAUCUAAGCUCCCUAGACCUUUCUCAGAAUCAACUUCGGGGUAAUAUUCCCAAGAGCUUUGCCAAUAGUUCCAGCUUGAAACAUCUCAAUCUUUCAUUCAACCAACUUGAAGGUCAUGUUCCUGAGAAUGGCAUAUUCAAAACUAUCAACUCGUCAAGUUUGGUAGGAAAUACAGCUCUCUGUGGAAACAAAUUUCUCAGGUCAUGCAGCAAGAGAAGUUCGCAUCGAUUUUCGAGAAAGGGGAUAAUAAUUCUCACCAUCCUUGGAUCUGUUUCUGUACUGCUAAUCCUAGUGCUAGCGGUUUCAAUCCUCCUGCGGCGUGCCAAAAAGAGUAAACCAGUCGAGUUGGAAAAUCCAGAACCAGAAUUUACGGCAGCAGUUCUAAAAAGGUUCGAUAAAGUGGAAUUACAAAACGCUACUGGUUCCUUUAGCGAAGAUAACAUUAUUGGAACAAGCAGUUUGAGUACUGUAUACAAGGGUCAACUGGAAGAUGGGCAGCUGAUAGCUGUAAAGAAAUUAAAUCUGCAUCAGUUCUCAAAAGAAUCUGAUAAGAGCUUUUACAGAGAAGUCAACAACUUGAGCCAUUUAAGGCACAGGAAUCUGGUAAAGGUACUUGGAUAUGCAUGGGAGAGUGACAAACUAAAGGCUGUAAUUCUUCAAUACAUGGAGAACGGAAGUUUAGAGAGUGUCAUACAUGGUUCCGUGAUGGAUCAUCAAGUCUGGACAUUGUCUAAGAGAAUUUAUCUUUGCAUUUCAGUUGCUAGUGCAUUGGAUUACUUGCAUUCUGGUUACGAUUUCCCCAUUGUGCAUUGUGAUUUGAAGCCUUCAAAUAUACUUCUGGAUGGAGAUUGGGUCGCACAUGUUAGUGACUUUGGAACAGCUCGCAUGCUGGAUGUCCAUCUCCAUGAUGGAAGUAGCCUUUCCUCAUCAUCAGCUUUUGAAGGCACGAUUGGCUACUUGGCACCAGAAUUCGCGUACAUGAGGAAUGUCACAACUAAAGUGGAUGUGUUCAGCUUUGGCAUAGUAGUCAUGGAGUUCCUAACAAAACAAAGACCAACUGGACUCUUGGAAGAGGAUGGACUGCCAGUCAGUCUGCGUCAACUAGUUGAGAAAUCCCUUAGUAGUGGAACCAAAGGGAUCCUUCAAGUUUUGGACCCUGUGCUAGCUUUGAAUGUUUCCAAUGAACAAAUCGAAGGAGUGGAAGAGCUCUUUAAACUAGCCUUACUUUGUACCUCCCCUAUUCCUGAGGACAGACCCAACAUGAACGAGGUUUUGUCUUUCCUUGUGAAGCUGAAAGCAAAAUACUAUGAAAAUGAGGCCAUAACCUCAUGAAGAAUACACCACUCUUCUGUCUUGAAGAAGCAUGACUGCAGACUCCAUUGCAUUCUAAUGUAAUGGUAGGAUUGAAUUAUGUUUAUCUUGUUGUUACCAUGUAAUAGUUUAUGAUAAUGAAUAAUUUCAAUUUCCUC